AUGGGAUUGUUCAAUGUCACUCACCCUGCCUCUUUCCUCCUGACUGGUAUCCCUGGUCUAGAGAGCUCUCACUCCUGGCUAGCAGGGCCCCUCUGUGUGAUGUAUGCUGUGGCUCUCGGGGGCAACACAGUUAUCUUGCAGGCUGUGAGAGUGGAGCCUCGCCUCCAUGAGCCCAUGUACUACUUCCUGUCCAUGCUGUCAUUCAGUGAUGUGGCCAUAUCCAUGGCCACACUGCCCACUGUGCUCAGAAUCUUCUGCCUUGAUGCCCGAAAUAUUGCUUUUGAUACUUGCCUAAUCCAGAUGUUUCUCAUUCAUUCCUUCUCCAUGAUAGAGUCAGGUAUUCUGCUGGCCAUGAGCUUUGACCGCUAUGUGGCCAUUUGUGAUCCCUUGCGCUAUGCCACUGUGCUGACCAAUCAAGUCAUUGCUGGAAUGGGUUUAGCUGUAACUGCCAGGAGCUUCAUCACCCUCCUUCCUCUUCCCCUCCUCAUCCACAGGCUGCCUAUCUGCAGAUCCAAUGUUCUUUCCCACUCCUACUGCCUGCACCCAGACGUGAUGAAGCUGGCCUGUGCUGACAUCACUAUCAACAGCAUCUAUGGACUCUUUGUUCUUGUAUCCACCUUUGGCAUGGACCUGUUUUUUAUCUUCCUGUCCUAUGUGCUCAUUCUCUGCUCAGUCAUGGCCAUUACUUCCCGUCAGGAACGCCUUAAGGCUCUCAACACAUGUGUGUCUCAUAUCUUGGCUGUCCUUGCAUUUUAUGUGCCGUUGAUUGGGGUUUCCACAGUGCACCGCUUUGGGAAGCAUGUCCCACACUACACACAUAUCCUCAUGUCCAAUGUUUAUCUCUUUGUACCUCCUGUGCUCAACCCUCUCAUUUACAGCGCCAAGACAAAGGAGAUCCAUCGAGCCAUUGUCCGUAUGUUUCGUCGCAUCAAAAUGUGACUUUCACAUUGGCUUUAAAAUCUAAUGUUUAUUGUAGCCAUAGGCU